CAGCAACUUCACGCACUUCACGCGCUAUUAUCAAUUAUAAGAUGUUUCCUUGCCAUGUGACCAUGUGUGCUCUUUGCUCAGUAUGGUGGUAUUUGUUAGCAAAUUCUACUGCAAAACCAAUGAACAUGGACUCUCAUCUGUGGAAGCUGGCCCCUGAGGAAGCAGGAGAAUUUUCAGGUAGCUUGUAUUCCUUGUUGGCUUAUCCUGAUGUAAGCGUUGAUCCAACAGGAUUGGACAAGGAAUGGGAAUCCUCUCAACACACACUGUUAGAAACGAUACCGCCAUCACCAACUUCAUUGAUAGCGGGUAGGCCGGACCAACAGAUAGGAACCAAGAAACGCAAGCAAGGAGACGAGCAGCUUUUGAGCCCCUUUUCAAUUUCAAACCCUCAGAGUCAGGCUCUUGGAUCCCAUAGUGCUCAAGACCCUUUAGCUUCCGUUCGCGGGCACUUCAAUCCUGGCCAGACAAUCACUGACUCAAUCUUGGAGGAUUUCGAGAGCCCAAAUCCGGAGCUGAUCGAUAGCCAGUCGAAAUCCACCUCAAUUGAACCAAUAUCUAAGGGGAAAAAAACGACCGAACACGCCAAUUGUGUUGUGAUCCGAGGCCCAAUCCAUUUAUUUUGGAGAGACGCGUUCUAG